AUGCUGCAACAACUGAUUGGGUCCAAUGGAAAAAUGCAAGAGAAAGUCGAAGCACAUGGCUCAGCGAUAAAAGGCAUUGAGAUUCAAUUAGGGCAGCUAUGUAUGGCUCUGAAUAAUCGUCCCCAAGGGACGUUACCUGCAGAUACACAUGUCAAUCCAAAAGAGCAGGGCCCGAAACAACUUAUAGCGGUGAGUCUAAGAAAUGGUGGAGAUCUUGAUCUAGAGCAAGAAAUUGCUCGCGAAAGCCGGCCAAUUGAGAUACUUGUGCCAGUACCAAUUGAGGUAGAUGAUUCAACAGGAUUAAUAGAGGUGACAGUACAACAUGCACCAGCAGAAACAAGAAAAGAAAAAGAGGUUGUGAAGAAGACUGAGUUAGUGCAAGAGAAGGCAUUAGAAACAGUGCCCGAGCAGGAUCAAACCCAAAUCACAGGACUCAAGCGACCUCCAGCACCCUUCCCACAGAGAUUGGCCAAAUAUCAGAAGGAUGAGCAGUAUAAGAAAUUCAUGGAGAUGUUAAAGCAAAUCCAGACAUGUAGUGCUGUCGUGACGAGACCCAUAGCUGAGAAAUUGUCCAGCCCAGGGAGUUUCACAAUCCCAUGCACAAUAGGCAACUAUGCUUUUGCUGAAGCAUUAUGUGAUUUGGGGGCGAGCAUAAACUUGAUGCCCUUGACUAUCUAUAAAAGGUUUGGCAUUGGAAAAACAAGACCCACAUCCAUGUUACUACAACUAGCCGAGCGAACGGUGAAGAGAGCAUCAGGUAUACUUGAUGAUGUACUGGUGCAGGUUGGAAAGUUUGUGUUUCCAGCAGAUUUUGUCAUUCUGGACUACAGGGUUGACGAGGAGAUUCCAAUAAUUUUGGGAAGGCCAUUCUUAGACACUGGGAGAGCUCUAAUUCAUUGUGAAAUUGGGGAGCUAAAGAUGAGACUGAACGAAAAAAGAGUUAACGUUCAAUAUGUAGAAGUAUAUGCGGCAACCCAGUGA